CUCGUCUCGUUUAUUCAGUGUGGCCAGAUUUGGCAUAAUUGAGUGCAUCGGCGGCCACGCUAGUAACGACGAAUUAGUGGUGGAGAAAACCGACAUACUGUAUACUGUGAAUCUACGAAACGAAGCAAAACCUUUUAAAUCGAUUAUUUUAAACUUUCCAUAAAGUUCUAAAAAAUUUUGACUCGAUAUUCAAUAGAGUACUUUUCAGUGUGAAUGUAUCAAUUGUAAUUAAAUAUGUCAACGGUAACAAAUAGCGUUACUAAUUUGAAUAAAUACGAAAGUAUCUUUUACUUUUGUUGUUGGACCGGCGCUGUACUUUAUUCUGCGUAUAAAGUGUUUUUAGUUGGUACUUACUUUAAUGAUUAUCAUGACUUGUACAAUGAUUUCGCACCAGGCUGGAUAUGGAUCGGAAGGAAACGGGAUGUUUCCGAUCAAGAGUGGAAGAUAUGGAUACCAUUGAUAAUUAAAUUAGUACCAUGGAUAUUUUGCCAUCACUUAGUUAGUCAGAUUAUUAAAACUGUACCAAGUACUACGUUAUUAUGUUACUGGUAUAUUUUUACAUCUAUUUCAUUUUUGUAUUUUUAUAUUGGAUCGAUAGGUGUAUUAUGUGUAUUGAUGCAACUGAGCAUAUUGUAUAUUUUAACAUAUAAGCGCAACAAGUCUAUAAUAUGGUCGAUAAACAUAUUAUUUUUAUUUUUUAUACAUUUUCUUAAAAUUCCUGAUGGUACAUUUCAAAGUAUUUUAAAAUUCAAUGACGAAGAACAUUACAUUUUAAUCGUUAUAAUGUGUUGGAUUUUACUAAGAAGCAUUAGCUACAGUAUAGAUAAUAUUCAGAUAUGUUCAGAAAAUAAUUCUGAUGACAAUUCACAUUUAUCGAGGAAUUUUUUGUGGGGAUUAGCAUAUUGCUUAUACUUGCCUACAUUAUGUUUAGGUCCAUUGAUUUUAUACCACGAAUUUAUCAAUUCUAUGAAAGGGCCAUUUCAGGUCUGGAAAUUAAAAGAAUUGAAACAUUUUACAUUAAAUUUAAUUAGGUAUAUUUUUUGGAUAAUCUUUGCCAACUUUUCUUUACAUUUUCUGUAUUUUAAUGCAAUACAGUAUCAUUCCAAGAUUGUUGAAUUUUUAAAUCCAUGGGCAUUGUAUGGAUUAGGAUAUUGUAUCGGACAAUUUUUUUUAAUUAAAUAUGUUGUGAUAUACGGGUUAAAUCAUACUUUAUGCGCAAUAGAUCAUGUGAAAGCACCUUCACAACCUAAGUGUGUAGCAAGAAUUCAUUUGUACUCUGAUAUGUGGAAGUAUUUUGAUAAGGGUUUAUAUAAAUUUCUUAUAAGAUAUAUUUAUACGCCGUUAUUAAAGUCAAAUUUCAAUAGGGUAUUUGCCUCUUUCUUGUGCUUUACAUUUGUUUUCGCUUGGCACGGAAUGCAACGAAACAUUUUUUUUUGGGCGCUCUUUAAUUUUAUAGGAUUAAAUAUAGAAAGUUUAGUUAAAUCAGCUGGAAAAAGUAAAUAUUAUUCCAACGUACAAAGAAAAUAUAUGUCACCGGCAAAUGCUAGAAGAUUCAAUUGUGUAUUAGCAAGUCCACUCUUGGCAAUGUCGGUGAUAUCCAAUUUUUACUUCUUUGCUGGCGAAGAAAUUGGACAUACUUAUGUAUACAGAAUAUUACAUGAUAUGUGGUAUGGUACACUUGUUUUACUUUUUUUCCUUUAUUGUUGUUGUCAAGUUUCUACAGAUGUAAAAAACUGGGAAUCGAAAAAUAUUUGUAGGUAAGAAUACAUUACAUUCAUAUUUAUGUUAUGAAACAGUUUUCAAGUAUUUUAUUGUUUU